AUGGUCUCCCUCGACAAAAUCAAACAGGCAAACUCAACCCUCAAGUCCUACGGACCCGGUCUAGUCGGAGUCUUCGUCGGCGGCACAAGCGGCAUCGGCGAAGCGACCGCGCGCUCCUUCGUGCGCCAUGCUGUCUCACCACGCAUCUACCUGAUCGGGCGGAACGAGGCCCAAGCAUCAAAGAUCAUCGCGGACUUCAAGGCCCUGAAUCCCGAAAGCACCACCACAUUCCUAAAAUGCGAGGUCUCCCUCCUCAAGAACGUCGAUGAAGUCUGCACGGAGAUCCAGAAGGAGGAGAAGGUGCACGUGCUGCUUUUCACGUCGGGGUCGAUGCCGAGUAGGAAGCGGGAUGAAUCGGCAGAAGGCCUCGACAAAACCCUCGCCCUGCACUACUACGCCCGCAUGCGCUUCAUCGCAAACCUCCUCCCGCAGCUAACCGCAGCCGCAUCUCCAAUCGAAGGGGAAGGAGAAAGACAAGGAGAAACUAAACCCGGCCUCGCAUCCGCGAUCUCCGUCCUCGAACCCGGCGGCGAGGGAGAGAUGAUACGCGACGACCUCUCGCUGAAAACACACUACAGCUUGUCCAACGCGCGCACGCACGCAAUCACAAUGACAAGACUGUCUCUCUCGCACCUCGCGACAUCAAAUCCGACCGUGUCCUUCACGCACUCCUUCCCCGGCGUCGUUAGGACGGGCAUAAUCCGGGACAUGGGGCUUGCGGUUAGAUUGGCGAUCAGGGCGCUCUGGGUGCUUGCGAGGCCGUGGAUGGUGACAGUUGCGGAGAGUGGAGAGAGGCAUCUGUAUGCUGCGGUGGGUUUGAAGAGCGACGGGGGCGCUGGGACUGCGGGUGAGAAGGCUCAUCUUGUGGGCGCUGAUAGUGAGCCGCGUGGGAAUUGGGGGGUUUUGGAGAGGUAUCAGGCGGAGGGGAUGGGGGAGGUGGUGUGGGGGCAUACGGAGGAUGUGUUUAGGGAGGUUUGUGGGUAG